CAGGAGAGCAGCUGCGGGAGUCGCCUCUGCGCUGCCCGGCAGCAUGUUUUCCCUCGGCAGACCCAGCCCCUGGGUCCCCGCACGUGUGCGCACCACCUCGGGAGCCCUGUGCUCUGCCCAGCCCUAGUCUCGCCUAGCCAGGCGUGGAGACUGGCCCUCAGGAAAGGGAGAAGCGCUGAUGGAAGGAGGCACUGGCCUGCUUUCCAGCCUAACGAAGCAGCCUUGGCUCGGGAACAAGGGGGCACCAUGCCGUGUCCCAUGGGGCUGUCACUGCUUUCCUUUGUCUGCAUCCGCUGUUGUCUCUUGUAAAAUCCUACGGUGACGAAAUGGAAACAAAUAACGAUCCUGUUUGCUGUACUUCUUUACUUUGUGUCUCUUCCACCUGGCUGUGGUCUCUCUGGUUGUGCUGCUGCUCCUAGGUUGUAAGCUCUCUGGGCAGGGACGGUGCUCUACUAUGUCUGUUAAGUGCUGUAUGCAUCGCCGUGGUGUAUAAAAACAAUACCAUAAUCACCUCAAUGCUUACUCUUGAUCCCUUUCACUGUCUAAGUCCCAAUACUAUUGACAUACGAGUAGAGUUCCUUCUGUCAGAGGUUCCUGUUAGUUAGCUUUUUUUCUUUUCCCAGAGCUUACAAAUACCUCGAUGUAAUGCUCAUCGACACUGAUAAUGUGAUAAAGUUUCUCACUUACUUCCUCCGUUUUAGUUCAUCCACAAAUGGGAGAAGGCAAAAAAACUACCCUAUUUAACAGUUGUUUUGAGCCAUCAGUGGUGAAAAACACAGGCAAAUUAUUGCACGUGGUGUGCCUUGUCCAGCCUAGGAAGAUCUUGAUACCUGGUAUUAUCUGUAACUUCCUGAAAUGCAUACUUGGUUCGCUUCAGGAGGUAUGGUCCCCUCAGUAUUUACCAAUUCAUUAUAACGUCUAUGUAAUGUGCAAGACAUGUCAGCAACUGCAUGUGUAGUUAUGUGUUUUUAAGGAGGAGAGAUGAAACUCUUAAAAACCGGUUACUGUCUUAGGGAAUACAUAAUGAAGUUCAUGGCUUGGAGCCCUAGGAACCCUUGGACUCAUGUGGUUUCUCGCACUGAAUGACCGUAAAGUGAAUCUGAACUGCUGCCUUGUUUUCUUCAGGAUGGUUGAGCUAACUUUGCUACCUCUGUGGCAGCUAGCUAAAAUGAUUAUAGAGGUCACAGUGGGGUUAGAGUUCAGAAGAAAGCAUGAGUAAACAAAUGUUAUGCAACAUCCUCAGCUGCUGAGGUGAUUAAGCGUACAUGAUUGCAUUAGUGCAGUCUUUGUAGCAGAUGCUUUCACCUGUGGGCUUAAAUACUGUCAUCUGCCUUGUUCUGAACAGAGGCUGUAACUCCAGGUUUCUGCAAUGUUCCACACCUGCCCUUGGAAAGCGGGCCUCUGAAACAUCUUCUGAAAUUUUGGAAGGACCAAGUGUUCCUCAGUCCUAGCCUACAUCGCACUGAUGUCACAAUAUUAUUGGUGACUUAGCUAGUUCCUGGUAAUUCUUGACCUAACAUCUAAUUCUUGAUUUAACAUCUCCUACCAUUCUGCUCUUCUGAAAGGGCCAGUGAUGUUUUUUAUGGACAAGAAGGGGGAGCAAGGAUGAAUAAACCCAAAUUAAUUUAAUGUGCAAUCCAAACCAGAGUUUUAAUUUAAGAGAUGAAGUACGAGGGAGCCUACUGUUAGGGCUGUUCUGUUAUCCAGCCCCGUUAAAAAAACUUACAGACAAGAUUGUGCUUCUGCUGCCGAACUUUGUUGUGUAGGGUGCCUCCGAAGGCCUGAAUAGAGUUAAGUAACUGAAAUAGAUGGUGAUUCUUUAAAAAGCCUUGUCGUCCCUGUCCCCGCCCCAGUUAUUGCCAGUGCAUUUAGGGCUGUCAAAAGAGGAGCAAUCUGUAGUGCUUGACUCGGCAGUGGUGUUUCAGUAACUUCCCUGAGGGGGAAGAAGGGUGACUAAGAGAGGAAAAGCCUGGCUGGCUUUUCUCUCCAGCUGGCAACAGUUAAUGAUGAUUAAAUAGAGCUUUGUUGUUUCAACUGACUUUCUUUUGCAUAACUGUUGUUAUGCUGAUGAAAGAGUACUAAGGGCUAAAAUAAUCUGGCUGAGGUAUUACAUUUAGCUUGGGAUAGACUGAGGAACAAAAUCCAGGAGUUUCUGACUCUUAGCCUGUGGUUCUCUGAACUACAGAAGUUGUUAUUAGAGGAGCACUGGAGCUAUUUUAUAUGGCAGAAGUUUUUUAAUAAAUGCCUUUUGUUUAGACUAUGUGAAUUAUGUUUCUGUAAAUGUUGAUAUAAACUACCUCUAAGGGCAACAGAUGCAGCUAAUAUUAUGAAUAUGGUAGAGGGUGGUACAGUGUUCAGAGUGUGUUCUGAGAAUUGCAUUAUUUAUGCUCUCAGUCCUGAGGUAUGGGAUCAAACACUGCCCUCUUAGGAGAGAGCUAGCUGAAAACUGUGCGUUUUUAGUGCUGCCCAACUAAUCUCCCUGGUUUGUGCUCUUUAAAGCUCAGCGUUCCUCUUAGCUGGUUUGUAUCUAGGUUAGCAAACCUAGGUAUUUUCAGGACUUGGGUGCUGUUUUGUAUGUAGUGGUUCAAGUCCUGGUUUAUUGUCAGAAUGAACUUUUACUGUUAUAGCUGAGUGGGCCAAUUGGAUCUUGGAUUUUUCCUGUUGUAACACAGAUUUUAUGUGUGUUUUCUCUAGUGCAGUUGCUGAGAAAUGGCCAAUGAGAAUCACGGAAGCCCUGCGGAGGAAGCAUCUCUAAUGAGUCACUCACCUGGCACCUCCAACCAGAACCAGCCCAGCUCCCCCAAACCUAUGCGAUUGGUGCAGGAUCUCCCAGAUGAGCUGGUGCAGGCUGGCUGGGAGAAGUGCUGGAGCAAGCGGGAAAAUCGCCCUUACUACUUCAAUCGCUUCACUAACCAGUCUCUGUGGGAAAUGCCUGUUCUGGGACAGCACGAUGUCAUUUCAGACCCUCUGGGAUUGAAUGCGGCUCCUAUGCCACUGGAAGGUGGAAUGAUAGAGACCUCUGUGGAGAGCAAGCAGAGGAAGAGGAGAUUCUCUGAGGAGGUUCCACCCAGUGGCAACAGUGUGAAAAAGCCUAAGGUGGAUGUUCCAGGGAACCCAGCUGCUCAGUCAGUCCCCAUCUCUCCCAGUAUUCCAGGGACCUCUGUUCUGAAGGCAUGGUGUGUUUCGCCUGAAGAUAAACAGCAGGCAGCUCUUUUACGACCAACAGAAGUAUACUGGGACCUGGAUAUUCAGACAAAUGCGGUGAUUAAGCAGCGGGCACCAUCUGAAGUGCUGUCUCCACACCCCGAGGUGGAGCUGCUUCGAUCUCAACUUAUUCUCAAGCUGCGGCAGCAUUAUCGUGAGCUCUGCCAACAGCGAGAAGGGAUUGACCCACCAAGGGAGUCCUUUAAUCGUUGGAUGUUGGAGCGGAAGGUCGUUGACAAAGGAACAGAUCCUCUGUUACCGAGUGACUGCGAGCCAGUAGUGUCUCCCUCCAUGUUUAGAGAAAUCAUGAAUGACAUUCCUAUCAGGUUAUCCAGAAUCAAGUUCCGUGAGGAAGCCAAGAGAUUGCUUUUCAAGUAUGCUGAGGCUGCAAAACGGCUUAUUGAAUCCAGGAGUGCAUCACCAGACAGCAGAAAAGUGGUGAAAUGGAAUGUAGAGGACACCUUCAGCUGGCUGCGACGGGACCACUCUGCCUCUAAGGAGGACUACAUGGACCGCCUGGAGCACUUGCGCAAACAAUGUGGGCCCCACGUGUCUGCGGCAGCAAAGGACUCUGUUGAAGGCAUCUGCAGUAAGAUUUACUACAUAUCCCUCGAGUAUGUCAAGCGGAUCCGGGAGAAGCAUCUUGCCAUCCUCAAAGAGAACAAUAUAUCUGCUGAGAUAGAAGCUCCUGAAGUCCAGGACAGGCUUGUAUAUUGUUACCCAGUGAGGUUGGCCAUCCCCUCUCCACCACUCCCCAAUGUGGAAAUGCAUAUGGAAAACAAUGUGGCGUGUGUGCGGUACAAGGGGGAAAUGGUGAAAGUGAGCCGGAACUACUUCAGCAAGCUGUGGCUCCUCUAUCGGUACAGUUGCAUUGAUGACUCUGGCUUUGAAAAGUUUCUUCCCAGGGUUUGGUGCCUUCUCCGUCGCUAUCAGAUGAUGUUCGGUGUUGGUCUGUAUGAAGGAACUGGCCUGCAGGGGGCACUUCCUGUGCAUGUCUUCGAGGCCCUCCACAAGCUCUUUGGAGUGAGUUUUGAAUGCUUUGCCUCGCCCCUGAAUUGCUAUUUUAAACAGUACUGUUCGGCCUUCUUGGAUACAGACGGGUAUUUUGGAUCCAGGGGCCCGUGCCUGGAUUUCUUCCCAAUAAGUGGCUCUUUUGAGGCAAAUCCUCCAUUCUGUGAGGAGCUGAUGGAUGCCAUGGUAUCUCAUUUUGAGAAACUGCUGGAGAGUUCCAGCGAGCCCCUCUCCUUUAUCGUCUUCAUCCCUGAGUGGAGGGACCCUCCUACGCCAGCCCUGACUCGCAUGGAACAGAGCAAGUUCAAGCGGCACCAGCUCAUCCUGCCAGCCUUUGAUCACGAAUACCGCAGUGGGUCUCAGCACGUCUGCAAAAAAGAGGAGAUGUACUACAAGGCUGUGCACAACACUGCCGUCCUCUUCCUGCAGAACAGUGCAGGUUUUUCCAAGUGGGAGCCUACCCCGGAGCGGCUGCAGGAGCUUGUCGCAGCCUACAAGCAUUCAGGCCGGACCCUCAGUUCCUCGAGUUCCUCAUCCUCGUCCUCGUCCUCUUCCUCCUCCACAGCAGACAAAGAGCGGGAGCUGGGCCGAGAGCAAAGUAGCAGCCGGGAGACUAAUCCAAACUAAUGUGCAGAGGUGAGAGACAGCAGGGACGUGCCGGCAGCCCUGAAGGAGGCUUGCUGGAGCAGGUGGAGAGACUGCUGGCGUCGUAGCACCAGCCUGGGGGACUCUCGCAAAGCAGCUCCACAGCACCUGCUUUCCUCUGCACACUUGCACACGGCCCCCGCGCAGCAGUGCCGGGGAGCGCCCAGCCGCCGGCCAGGAGAGGAGGCCUGGCUGCUGCCCUCGCCGCAGGGCAGAGAAACCAAACGUAGCACGGCAGGAGGAGCAGGCGGCCCCUUCGACACUAGAGCGCGGAAGGAGGGGGCAGCCGGAGCUGGGACGCGUGCACAGGUGGAAGGACGGACGGGCGGGCGGGCGGACAGACGGACAGAUGGACGGACGGCAAGCGUGACGAAGUGGCGCGUAGCGCCGUGGCUGGAGGGGUCCCGGCAGCUGGCCGAAGCCUUGCGUUGGCAGAAGAGCGGGCAGAGCCCGGGGGCUCCUCCGGCUGGACUGGCACCAGCGCAGCUCCGUGUCCAUAGUGUAAAUAGUUCUGUCCAUGGCGACUGUGCUCCUUGCAGGGUUUGUUUCCAUAGCAUCCGUGUUUCUUUUCCACAUGUCUGAGUCCCGUGUUCGCCGACGCUGUUUACCGUGUAGGAGAGGAGCGGAGGACAGGCGUUUCUUUGGUGUGUAAAGACGUCUUUGCAGCUGUUUUGUAGUCGUUGUGGUUUUUAUGCGGAGCCUCUGGGCUUUAUUUAACCUCCUUGGGUUUUGUUUUGUAAGGAUUAAUUUAACACCGCUAACCAUUUUAUUACUUUUAUCAAGAAGAGCAAAGUCUAUUUUUGAUUUCCGUUUCCUGGUUCUUAGGAACAUUAAAAACCAGCAUACAGCUCUG